GGUUCGGAUUUUGAUUCACCGAUAAAACUAACAAGCAGCUUUGUAGCGCCUCGAAAGCUCUAUGUUUUGACUGCGUUACAAAAAUUUUCACAUUGAUAUUUGUAGCCUAGGUGAGUCAUCUUUUUUUUCCAACUGUUCAAAAAUCAAGCUUUUUGAACUCAUCAUUGUGGGAUUCUCGUGAAACUGAUAUAAGUCAAGCAAAAAUCAAUAUUUGUAGCUUCGCUACAUUUUUCAUUUGAAAAGAGUGACCAAGACAUUCGAUAAUAAUUUCCAAAUUUGAAUUGCAGUCUUUUUUCCCGAUGUUACCGAGUUACUACGCAAUAUAAGUAAAGCUAGCGCACCUAUGCUCAACUCAGUAUGAUGUCGCAAUUGCAAUGGCUUACGUUUUUGAAACUGAUUCCACUGUACAUCACGAGAAAGAGCACACUUAAUUGUUCUCAGAAACUUGUUAGGCUGUGGUUUCAUAUUUAUUCAAGAGCUAGAAAAUAGGCUGAGCCGUUUCGGAGAUUGAAAAAAAGAAACUUUUGAAAGUUGAACCUCUUGGAGCAUUUCAGUAUCAUUUCUCUAAUUUUUAGUCGUAAGGUCUUAUCGAAGGAUCUUUGAUAUGUUGUUGUAGAGAAUUGAAUGCUGAAUCUUCUGAAAGAAACUCGAAGUCUUUGAGAUGGAAUUCAAGACCGAUACCGAUGAAACAAUCAGACCAUCAUUAUUUAUGGCCCACCCGUUACUUGUAAUAAAAUACAAAAUAAACUUGCGAAAAAUGAACAGAGUUCAAUGCUGAUUCUUAGACUAGCAAAUUAGGCUCAACUUAAUUGGGGUGUCAAAUCCAGAAUUUCACACACUUUCUUUCGAGAAACCAAUUAGAAAUCCAGAUUCCUUGAUCGCGAAAAUAUUUUAUUAACGUAUGUACAAGAACAUUUCUUCAUAAAACAAAGCAUAGCUGAUCAGAAAAUCAAACCUACAAGUUUCAGUUAUCAGUUACCUGACAUUAUAACACGAAUAGCUAAAAAUUGACCGGUGCCACCGGCCCACCGUACCCCCGGUGCACCGAUACUACGGUGAACCGCCACCGGUGCAUCCCUAGUUCAGAUGAUACCUUUGAGUGGCAUACGAAGAUCGAGUGGCUGAAGAUCUGUUAAUUUUAUUACUCUAUAAGGUAGUGUGUAAUACAAUCAAUAAAAAUCAGUCAAAACUAUUUAAUUACUUUUAACAAGCAACCAUUCAGUAUUUAAUUAGUGAUUAACUUUUAUAUGAACUAGCUCAGCUUUUCUCGAGAUUACAGGAAUCUUUUUCUUCACUAUAUUAGAAUAUUUCCAUAAAUUUUUGAUAGAGAUAGUACAGAUAUCCUUUAGAGAUAAAUAAACACCUUUCUACUAGUUGAUUUUGUUUAUAGUGUAUUUCACUGAUAUUUCUAUUGAUGCUCGAUGGGCUCAAAAUGGUAUCACUAUUGUUGGAGGAUGUGAAGCGAGUGAAGCAACGAAUCAGCUCCACAGUCCUUUGGGACUCUAUAUUGAUGAAGAAGGAACAAUGUUUAUUGCCGAUCAAGUGAAUCAACGUAUUGUCCAAUGGAAAUCGGUUGCCAUGAGUAGCGAAGUAGUUGCUGGCAACAAAGGAAAAGGGGAUCGAUUGGAUCAGUUGAACACUCCAACGGAUAUGAUCGUUGAUAAAGAGGGCAAUAGUCUCAUCAUCUGUGAUUGGGGAAAUAAACGAGUUAUGCGAUGGUCUCUUCGAAUUGACACAACGAAUGGAGAAAUCCUUAUCUCUAAUAUUCGAUGUUUUGGAUUGACAAUGGAUGAUCAAAGAUUUCUUUAUGUGUCUGAUCAGGAGAAACACGAAGUAAGACGAUAUAAAAUAGGAGAGACGACAGGAACUGUGGUCGCCGGUGGAAAUGGCAAAGGAGAUCGGCUAAAUCAACUCAACUGGCCCCGUUACAUCUUUGCCGAUCAAGAUUAUUCUGUCUAUGUCUCGGACUGUUGGAAUCAUCGUGUGAUAAAAUGGACGAAGGGUGCAAAAGAAGGAAUUGUUGUCGCCGGUGGUCGAGGAGAAGGAAAUGCUCUAAAUCAGUUGUCUUUACCUAACGGAUUGUUCGUCGAUUCAUCAGGAAGUGUCUAUGUGGCAGAGGGAGGAAAUAAUCGAGUGACAUGUUGGCGUAAAGGAGCAACUCAAGGAGAAUUGGUUGUUGGUGGAAAUGGUGAGGGUUCCAGACCAAAUCAAUUUAACUAUCCGGGAGCUUUAUUACUAGCUGCUAAUAAUCGACAUUCGGCUAUCAUUUCAGUUUUUGCCUGUGCUGUUUCCGACAUAGAAGUUAAAGUUGCUGCAAGUAAAUGGAAUUUCUCUGUAUUGAAAGUUCGUAAUGAAAGACCAUGCGAUUCCGAGCUCAGGUUAAAUUUACUACAUGGCAGUAAAUGUUGUGAUCCUGAACGAACAUGA